AUGGUUAUUCCCAACGCAACUAGACAAGACAUUGUUAAUGUGUCGUUAAGUUCAUCUUACAUUUGGGGAAAAUGCAAAGUCUUAAGGUUAACUAAGAACAUGAGGUUAACUGUUGACAGUGAAGCUUCUGAAAUUGAACAGACAAGGGUUUUUGCAAACUGGAUUUUGGAUUUAGGAGAAGGCAAGGUUGGUAGUGUGAAUGAUGGUGAGGCACUUGUUGAUGUACCUCAUGAUCUUCUCAUUACCGAUUCAACGGAUCCUAUAUCUAUGUUAAUUGAAUUUGUCUAUCCUUCAAUUCUUGUAAAUAUCAAUAAUUUGUCUUAUUUUCAGGAAAGAGCAAUUCUUGCACUAGAACACGAAAUCGUUCAAGAAAUAAAUGACCGUUUACUAUCAUUAUUCCCAAGAGACGAAAAAGCAGUACCUAAGUUCAGAUAG